CCUCCCGGGCGGCGGCGGGGGCCCGGCGGUGCCGGAGCGGGCGGCGGGGCCGGACCCCCACCAUGCCGCAGCUGGAACCGGCGGGGGGGGACGACCUGGGGGCCCCCGACGAGCUCAUCGCCUUCCAGGACGAGGGCGAGGAGCAGGACAAGGGCGCGGGGCGCGGCUCGGCCCACGGGGACCUGGACGAGCUCAAGUCCUCCCUGGUCAGCGAGACCGAGAACCGCGGCACCGGCACCGGCUCCGGCUCCGGCUCCGACUCCGAGGCGGAGCGGCCCCCGCAGCCCCGGGAAAGUUUCCAGAAGCCGCGGGACUAUUUGGCAGAAGUGGUCAGACGACAACAAGAUGGGGGGUUUUUUAAGGGCCCCCCCUACCCCGGCUACCCCUUCCUGAUGCUCCCCGAGCUGGGCAGCCCCUACCUCGCCAACGGAGCCCUCUCCCCCGGCGGCGCCCGCACCUACCUGCAGAUGAAGUGGCCGCUGCUGGACGUGCCCGCCGGCGCCACGCUGAAGGACAGCCGCUCGCCCUCGCCCGCACACCUGUCGAACAAGGUCCCGGUGGUGCAGCACGCCCAUCACAUGCACCCGCUGACGCCGCUCAUCACCUACAGCAACGACCACUUCUCGCCGGGCUCGCCGCCCGGCCACCUCUCGCCAGAGAUCGACCCAAAGACGGGUGAGCGCGGGGCGGGGACGCAGCGUCGGACGCGUUUGGGAAUCCCGCGGCCGCCGCACCCGUCCGAGCUGCCCCCCUAUUACCCGCUGUCGCCAGGAGCCGUGGGCCAGAUCCCGCACCCGCUGGGCUGGCUCGUGCCGCAGCAAGGACAGCCCGUGUACUCCAUCCCUCCCGGCGGCUUUCGGCACCCCUACCCUGCCCUCGCCAUGAACGCCUCCAUGUCCAGUUUGAUGUCCAGCCGUUUCUCCCCGCACAUGGUCCCGCCGCCCACCCACGGGCUGCACCCCUCGGGCAUCCCACACCCGACCAUCGUCUCGCCCAUCGUGAAGCAGGAACCCACCCAGCCCAGCGUCAGCCCCGGAGGCAACUCGAAAUCCCCCGUCACUGUGAAGAAGGAGGAGGAGAAGAAACCCCACAUCAAGAAGCCGCUCAAUGCCUUCAUGUUGUACAUGAAGGAGAUGAGGGCCAAGGUGGUGGCCGAGUGCACGCUGAAGGAGAGCGCCGCCAUCAACCAGAUCCUGGGCAGACGGUGGCACUCGCUGUCGCGGGAAGAGCAGGCCAAGUACUACGAGCUCGCACGGAAAGAGCGGCAGCUGCACUCGCAGCUCUACCCCACGUGGUCGGCACGGGACAACUACGGCAAGAAAAAGAAGAGAAAGCGAGAGAAGCUGGCCCAGCAGCAAAGCCAUGACACGGAGAGCUCCCUGGCAUCCAAGAGCAAGAAGCCGUGCGUGCAGUACCUGCCAGCUGAGAAACCGUGCGACAGCCCCGCGUCCUCCCACGGCAGCAUGCUGGAUUCGCCCGCCACGCCGUCAGCCGCCCUGGCAUCCCCGGCCGCGCCGGCUGCCACCCACUCGGAACAGGCUCAGCCCCUCUCGCUCACCACCAAGCCAGAGGCCAGGGCUCAGCUCACCAUGCAUUCGGCCGCCUUCCUCUCGGGCAAAGCCGCCUCUUCUUCCUCCUCUUCCUCCUCUUCCUCCUCCUCCUCCUCGAGCCUUGGCAGCCCACCCUCGCUCCUCUCCAGACCCAUCCCCUUCACCUCGGUGCCCUCCACGGCUCUCCUGUCCUCGCCUCCGUCCUUUGCAGCCGCCAUCCCAUCCCCACAGGCUGCCCUGGCCGUGCUGCAAACGCAGCCCCUUUCCCUGGUCACUAAACCUGCUGACUAAGGGAAAAACUUGUCCUCCCUCGUCCCGUCCCGUCCAUCCCCUCCCUGCUGUACAUUGCAGAAGCCACAAUCAAGAUUCAAAUGCAGCCAAAACCAUUAUUGGUCAAUAUUUGACCCUUUCUGAACUCUUUUGUAAGCAGACUCUGGAGGAAGGGGCUUUCUGCUCAGAGCUGCUGCCAGCAGUUGACCUAAAGACCGUUUUUAUUAAAAAAAAAAAGGAAAAAAAAAAAAAAGAAAA